CCGCACCAGCGAAAAAUCCUGUUUUCCUCUCGUCAGUCAACGUUUUCUCGAUCUCCCAUCGACGCCAGAAUCCCUGCUUACCCUCGCCUAUUCUACUGGCUGCCACCGCCAACUGCUCGCACUGCCGACCUGCUCACAAAUCUCCAAUUCUCUCUUCUUUGGCUCUGCUGUUGCCCGCACUUUUCCCUCAUCAAAACAGCCAUAUCCCGAUCUCUCUUCUCUUCCCUCCAACCCUAACACACCACCACCUCCUACCUACCACUCUCCUCUCCCUCUCCUUCCGUCCUCUUCCUUUUGUUAUUCAACUCUAUCGCCUUCUCUCCGCUUCAUCUGGAGUUUGCGUAAGCAAUCUCCUGUUUGUUCGCACGUAUUUGGCUCUUCGAAAUCGCGUCUAGCGUUUCGUUCAUCCUACGGCUUCCGACACCUCUGCGCAGUCCGUACAUCGCCACCCGCCCUGCUCGACCUUUGUAGACAUCACCUGCGUCGUCUCUGGACGAUUCCCUCUCCUUUACUUGUUUCCUACUCUACGGUCUAUCCGGUUUUCAGUCGAGUCCAACCAUUUCCAACAUCCCAUCACCAUGUCGAGAUACAAUUUAUAACAACGGCGGUCCUCAGGGCCAACCGUACCAAAUAAACACCAGUCCUCUCCGGGAUUUGUGUUCUUGUCGUGCCUGACGAAGUUCUCUCUCCAAGAAGGAUUCAUAAGAUUCCACGGCCCAUCCACCAUUCUAUCACCUUUCAUAGACUCCGAUGGCACACCACCAAAAACAUCAAACAGACGCCCGCAGAAAUUCAACCAUGCAGAGCCUACUCAAAAUGUUGAAUCUCUCCACUGCUCCCACCGUUGCUCUGUCCGACGAAGAGGUCAACGCUGAGGCAGAUGAACCUCCGGACGAUCACAUCGCAUCCCUCAAGAUGCCUUCCCGAACUCGCUCCGUCGCUCUACCGCGUACUCACCGCGAAUCUCUUUUGACCCGCGCCAUAAUGGCAGAGUCAAAACACGACGAACGUUCUCCUACCUCUUCUUCGACCCGCGGCCUUUCGACUACCUCCUCCCAUAGUACGGCGAGCAUGGCCUCUACCGCCGAGUUGACCAGCGAUGGAGACCUUACCAGUCCCUCUCGUUCGGCCACGCCAAGUCCGCCACCGCCUCCUGGUCGUUUUACCCAGUUGGUGAACGGCAGGAAACCCUCUCCCAUACCCUCGAAGAUACUCAUCGCACCGAACUCUAAGGAUGAAAGACCAAGCGUUGCCAAUGUCGGUGAAGCCGCGGUCGAGAAGAGUCUUGGCCGAAAGCGCUGCAUCAUGUUUGCUUGCGCUGGCACUGAUUCUGAGAAGAGCAAGGAUGAUGUGUCGGUGCCGAAAGAUAAAGCUACAGAACCAGAGGUCCCGAAGAGAAAAUGCAUGCUCACAUUUGCUUGCCCUACCCGCACAAGUUCCGGCGAAGGCAAGCCUCAACUCUCCAAGUUGCGCGUCGAGCACAAAUCUCCUCGUCGUUUGUCGCCGGCUCCUACUUCAAGACGUAGACCGAGUACAGAGUCUGCCGACCUUACCGGUCGAUCGGCCGAGACUGCUAUUGCAGCAUCCGCCGACCGGACCAGGGUCAACCCUCCUUCUCCCAAGUCAGCUUUCCAUGAAUUUGGCAGCUCACACGAUGAGACGGAUGCAUGGAUCGACAGGCCUAACCAGCACAAGGGAAAGCUGACCCUCGACGACUGUAUGAAGAAAGAGAACAAGAUCCGCCAGAUCGGUCGAGAAGCUGAAGAGGAGGCUGAAGAGGAAGAGCGUGAGCAAGAAGAGUUUGAAGAGGAGCUCGAGGACAAUGAAGCACAUGUUGAUGACUUUGCUCCCUCUGACGAGGAGUCGGAUGGCGGAAAUGAGUCCGAUGAUGAAGGUGGUUUCGCCAGCUCUGACGAGGAAAGUGAUGCUGGAUCAGAGUAUCAGUUCUGGGCACCCACCAGAACCACCACCCGCAACACGAGCAUUGACAACAUGCACAUCACCCAUUUCAGCUCUCGUCGCCAAUCGGACGCGAGCUCUAUCGACUCCGAAGAACACUCUGGUGGUCUUCCACUCUUCUCGGCUAGAAAGCAGCUCGGCAAGUACCAUGGCAAUGGUCAUCGAAUUUCCAAGAUGCGACCUGGAACACCAGAGCUGCCGGAUAGCACUGACUUCGUCUGUGGUACUCUCGACGAGGAUCGUCCGUUGGAGGCGGCAUAUAUCUCAUGUCGUGAACAACGCAAGCGAGAGAAACAUAUCCCAAUCCCCCAGGACAUCGACCCAAGUUUCCCUACCACCGAUCCUGAGGAAGAGGAAGACGAAGUCGACGAUGUGGUCCAGUCACAGCCUAGUUCGGAUGAGCCUCGCUGGCUCACAGAGCAGUUUGGUGCACUCGAAGAUAUCCGUGGACGUCGCAAGACAUCAAUAACUUCUCCGCGGGAAUCUUCUCCACGACCUGGAUAUCCAGCUCGCCGAGGGCUACACCGGUCACCGCCACCAAAGCACAUGGUAACCCGCUCUCCUCCGCCAAGAAGGCUUUUUGGACAUUCUCCCACGAGAAUGAGGUCUCCCCCUCCACCUGCCCGUCUACGCUCGCCACGAGGAUCCCCAACUGGUCUCAAGACUCCUCAGCUCAACAUGAGGGGCUUGGCUCAGCGGCCCAACAUGGAACGUACAGCUUCUCUUCCAGACACUCCAAACCCAUUCUUCAAAAACUUCAAGGUUGGAAGUGCAUCCAUUUCCAACAUUGCUUCUGGGGCUGUAACCCCUGCUAUUGAGGAACCUCCACGUGCUGAUAUGCACGUCAGAGGUCCAGUCGACAUUGUCAUUGGCCUUGAGAAAAAGCGUCAGAAGAGAAAAGAAAAGUUCUGGCGUCAGCACUGCCGCAAGGUAGCAAAAGAACAAGCUGAACGAAAACCCCUUCGCGGCCGCGGUGCCGAAAGAAUGAAGGAGCUUGGUCUUGAAUGCGCCGAGCGUAUGAAGGGCUAUGGCGUCGGCCAACAAACCCAACUGGUGAUUUCACUUUAAUUUACUGGAAUCACUUGUUCUCAUGCAUGGCCAUCGCGCCAGCAUUGCACAUACUCAUUUUUAUUUGUACGACUUUUUCAAGGGUGUUGAACCCUCUUUGUAGCGCCUUGGGGUUGCCUUUUGCACCAGGGCCUGAUGACCUUUCACUUACCCAUGGACUCUUCAGAAGCCCAUGUUGGUCUCGGCUCGGCAGUAUUCCAUUGAGCUUGCAUGCAUAUUCCGAGCAUAGCAAUGGGCGUUUUAUGGGAUUGGUAAAUACAUAUGACCAUCAGCAUGGUCCUCAGAAUACAGAGAGCUUCUCUCGGGCAAAGACUCGAUUGAGAGCCUGAAUGCACAAAUCCAGAUUGAGAAGAUUUCCUUUGAGAUAUUAUCCAGUUACAGUUGUUCCAUGUGUUCACGUAGAAUCGUGUGGUACUCUGUAUGUCCAGGCGAGAACAUGUUUUCGUGUCCUUUGCCCUCACAGCCGUCGAUCGAUAGAUUACAGUCACGUGC